GUGGCAGCAGCAAUGUACGUACUUACAUUAUUAUUAAUCAUUAUUUUCAAAACGAUCGUAGUGUCGUCGGACACUACCUUCAUAUUAAUCACAAAUGAAUGCAAGAUACCCUCCUUUCCCACGUUUAGCAAGGAGGCCAAAGAAGUUUUCGUUCCUCAAAACUAUACGAGUUGUACAGACUCCGAACUUUUAACGUCUACCACUGUUGUAAAUAAUACUGCUUAUCUGCAUAUAAAUGGGGAGAAUGAAAUAUAUGACGAAGACGAAGAACCACCAACCUGUUGUUACAGCUAUGUAACUAGAAAUGGUACUGAUGAAGAACCGGACGUUGGAAUAAGUGUAUCCGAAUGUACUCAUUUCAACACGACUGUACGACUUGAAAGUGCCACAGUCAUGGUAAAAUGCGAAAAGGACUCUAACCUCGUAUACGAAAACGUCCACAAUCCCAUCACCAUCACCGAAGAAGUGUGGAAGAAGCAAUCCAUAACGAACACCCACAACACACCUAUCAGCGUAUUGAUCUUGGUAAUCGACAGCGUCUCCAGAAUAAACUUCAACAGAACCAUGCCACUGACGAGAAAAUUCUUACUUAACAACAAAUUCACAGACUUCAUAGCGUACAACAAAGUAGACGACAACACCUUUCCCAAUUGCAUGGCCCUCUUGUCGGGUCUAAAUUUGAGGCAAACGUACUCAAAGUGCAAUCCCAGGGAAGUUGGCGCGCUAGACGAAUGUCCAAUGAUAUGGUACGACUUUCAAAAGUUGGGAUAUGUGACUGCCUACGCCGAGGACUGGGCUGAUAUUUCAACUUUCAAUUAUAAUAUAAAAGGGUUUCAGAAGCCACCAACUGACUACUACUUCAAACCGUACGUAGAGGCUGCUGAAACUCUGAAUGUGACUAGGAAAGAAGGCAUGCCCUAUUGCGCUGGACCCGAAACCGAAGGGGAAAGAAUCUUGAAUUUGGCGAAAGAUUUCGCCGUCACAUUCAAAAACCAACCCAGCUUCGGUGUUUUCUGGAUGAACACAUUCAGUCACAACGAUAUAAACGCCCCCUCUGGCAUGGACGAAAAAGUGGCAAAUUUCUUCGAAGAACUGCGGAAUGAGGAUAUUCUUAGAAAUAAUCUCGUGAUCCUUCUAAGCGACCACGGCAUUCGCUUCGGAAAAUUUCGGCAAACCAUUCAAGGCUGGUUCGAAGAACGACUGCCUCUAGCCUUCAUCUCGUUACCGUCUUGGUUCAAAAGGCAAUUCCAAUGGGAAUACAAAAACUUUCACAAUAACACGAACAAGCUGAUCAGCACCUACGACUUGUACAUGACCUUGCAAGACGUGUUGAAGAAGUCGGCGCCCAACUACAAACCUUCUUCCAGCCUGGCCUGUCCGAAGUGUCAAAGCCUUUUUUCCGAUAUAAACAAACAACGUUCCUGCAGAGACGCGGGGAUUCCUGAACCGUGGUGCACCUGCGUGGGUGAGUUCACCACAAAAGACCCGAGGAUUACUGAAGAAGUAAAUGAAGAAGCAAGUAAACUUGCUCUGAAGGAAAUAAGGAGAUGGUUAGAAUAUGAGGAACCAUUUAGCACCUCCGUCACAAACAUCAUAUCUUCCGCUGUCAAUUUGAACAGAACACGGAAAAGUUACCUUUUGUUCGUAGUUCAAACUAAUACUGAUGCUAUUUAUCAGAUUCUCUUUAGGAUAAGAGGCGAUCCUGUCGAGUUCGUAAGAAUAGUUAAAGCCAUGAGGCUCUGGUAAUGAUUAUAUUUACUUAUUUAAUUUUAUAACAGUGUGGCAAUGUGUAAAUAAAAUUUAUUAUUGAUAAAUGCAUUUGUUUAAAGAAAGAUCUUUUGUAACAAAAUAAAUAGUAGAGUUAAAAUUA